UCCUGUUCGCUGUCGACUUGACACUACAACGUCAAGAAGGCAAAUGCCUUGCGAGAACUUAUAGACAUUCUACUCGAGUACUGUGGUUCAGACGGCGGUUGCUGUAGUUCACUAGCCCCUGGUUCCUUGGAGCGCGUUGAUCAACCAGCUGCACUGCAAUGCCAUCUGGAUAAUCAUGGCCAUGACAUCCACACGGGAUACGAAGCAGCGCUGGCUGAGCUGAGUGGAGCCUCACGCAGUGUGGGAUGUGGGAGCCUCGUAGUCGUAGUCGCAGCGCCAGUCUGGUAUUGAUCACCACGGGGCUAACGCGACGCCGCUCCUCCCGCUUCCUUUGAUUCAGUGGCGGCGUUGUUCCUCUUAUCAGACACUCUUGGUGGAUGCCACGCAACCUGCACUCUGUUAUCUAAACACCUCACACUCUGAAAGGAAGCCCCUGCUGGCGGUGACGAAGAUUGUCUCCGCUAAGCAACACGCGGGCUGUCAGGAGUGGUAUAAAGACAGCAGAAGGGGGAUGCUUGAUGUGUUGUGAGGCAGAGUGGUUAGGUCAGUGGUGUGUCUGCCCCUAAAAACCGCGGGAAGGUUGAUCUUUCCAUUUUGAAUAGAGUGUUGCUGAGUGUUGCGUGCGGCGCCCCGAGGAAGAUGUCUGUGCGGCUGAGGGGGCGGCGGCUAGCGGCCUGCUUUGUGCUGUUCGGAGUGGCGACCUUUGGCGUGUACCACCUGAUAGCCCUUCACACCCAGGUUGACGUACAUGACAGGGUGUACCUCAGGAAAAUGAUGGAACGUAAUGUGUUAUCCGGAUCAGAUGACAUGCCUAGUCCAGCACACCUUGCCUGUCAACACCCAAAUCUGGAGCUGGAGAACCCGGAGAUCUACAAAUUCUUCCACCACGUUGACCCGAUACUGUGCAAGGAGGAGGCGGAGUGGGUGGUGGUGCGGGGGUCGGUGGCCAGCAUCACCAAGGAGGCCAAGAAAAAGCAUGGUGAUAUUGAGUGUGCCUUCUCUGAGGUGCUGCGAGAUGGAGACAACAGGGUGAAGCGAGGCGCCACAUCCACCACCCACGACACCUACACCUUCACCAACACUGACUUCUACACCGUCCUCUGCUCUGCCCAGGAUGGCAAGACGUGGACUAACGUAGUGGCCGGCAUCAGGCAGGACGAGAAGAUCAAGGCAAACACAGGAUGGGACAAGGUGCCAAAAGACUCGGUUGGCCUUAAUUAUCUCAUGAUUGGAUUCGACUCCUUGUCACGCAACACCUUCAUCAGAACGCUGCCCAAGACUUACGCAUUUUUGACCAAGGAACUCGGCGCCUAUGUGUUGCAAGGGUAUAAUAUUGUGGGGGAUGGGACGCCUCAGCAGCUUCUUCCCAUUCUUACGGGCAAGACAGAGCUGGAGUUACCGGAGACACGCAAGAGGAUGGGCAACAAGGCGCAGUUCGUCAAUGUCUACCCCUUUGUGUGGAACGAGUUCAGCAAGAAUGGAUAUGUGACCAUGUACUGCGAGGACGCCCCCAACAUUGGCACCUUCCAGUACCGCCUGCAAGGGUUCGACGCGCCGCCCACACACCACUACAUGAGGCCCUUCUAUCUAUCCAUCCAGCCACUGUACAGGAAACACCCGCGUCUCUGUCUCAGGAACACUCCACGCCAUAAGGUUCUCUUUGACUACAUCCACAACUUCAUGAACGUACACAAGGACCGUCCCAAGUUUGCCUUCACCUUCCACUCUGAGCUGAGCCAUGACGACAUCAACCUUGUCUCUGUGGCUGACAACGACCUGCUGGCGCUGCUCACCUCGCUCAGGGAUGAAGGCCACCUCAACAACACUAUGCUGGUGCUGAUGAGCGACCAUGGCCACAGGUUCACCAGCAUCCGUAGCACCCUUCAGGGGAAGCAGGAGGAGCGUCUGCCGUUCAUGUCCCUCGUGCUGCCCGAUUCCUUCAAGACUGCUCACCCCUCUGCUGCUGAUAAUGUCAGGAUGAACAUUCACCGUCUCACAACGCCGUUUGACAUCCACCCAACCAUGGAGGACUUGUUGCACUUCCCCGGGGCAAGACUGGGCCAAGUUGGGGACCGUGGCAUCUCCCUCUUUAGUCAGAUCCCUGCAUCAAGGACGUGUGCUGAUGCCUUUGUGGAGCCUCACUGGUGUGCCUGCCUCAAGUGGGAGCCCAUCAGUGUGGAGGAGGACAUGGUGCAGCGGGCAGCUCAGGCUCUGGUCCAUUACAUCAACACUUAUACUGCCCCACACCGCUCCAUCUGCCAACAGCUCACCCUCAGUCAACUCCUUUGGGCCGGCAAGCUGCUUCCCACCAAGGGCCUCCUAAAGUUCAAGAAGAACAGGGAUGUGGAUGGGUUCAUGCCAGACUUGACAGAUGAGACGUCGGUGAGUGAGGUGGUGUACCAGGUGACUGUGACCACCUCCCCGGGUCUGGCCCGCUUUGAGGCCUCCCUCACUUACUCCAUCAAGCUGGACACCUUCUCUGUCAAGAUGGACGAUGUGAGCCGCACCAACAAGUACGGUGACCAGGCACACUGCGUUAUGAAAGACCUGGACCACCUCAGGAAGUUCUGCUACUGCCGCGAGCCGCCACCUGCGCCUCAGGACACCUAGGACUUGCCUGAUGCUGAGGGACACCUCCGGGUGAUGCCUCAGCCUCAGUUUGCUGCCUCGUCCCGCCGCCGCCACCACUACUACCGUCACCCUUCCAGGACGCCUGAUGCCCACCCUUUGCAUGACCUUGGCCUGUAGUGGUCGUGCUGUGGGUCGUCUGAGGACUUGUUUGGUGGGAUGUUGCAGAGCCUUCACCUGUGUGUGUGUGUGUGUGUGUGUGUGUGUGUGUGUGUGUGUGUGUGUGUGUGUGUGUGUGUGUGUGUGUUUGGCAAUCACCACCACACAGCAAAGUCAAUUAGAUUUUCAGUGUGGUCAUUACUAAUAAUUCUGUAUAUUUUCAUACAUUUCUCUGUCCUUCCAUGUCUUCUGCCUGUCCGGUCUGUCCAUCCCUGCUUACCUUUAUGUCUGUCUGUCUUUAUCUUUUCACUGAUGCAUUCCACACUCAGACCGGCAAGCAUGGCGCAGCAGAGCUGUGAUGACUGCAGUGCCACAAGAGCUUAAGGGAUGCUUCACUGCACGGGCAUGUCGGGUGCUGCUUCUUGGGACCAGGGGACACUUGGGGGCCUGCCGGGGGUCAAAGUGGGAGAGGGAAUCAGUACCGGUGCCUCAAUAAGUUGCAUCGCAGAGUAUAGUAGAAUAUUUUGUACAAUUUGUCAUUAGUACUUCAGGAGAAUGAGGAGAAGGAGAAGGAGGUGGAGAAGGAGGUGGUAGAGGAGGAGGAGGAGGAGAGUCAUAUGUCUUCUUGUGAUAACCUGAUUAGUACAUAUACAUUGCCAAGUUGUUAUUAAGGUGUUUUUCACUUUGGAUUUGUAUAUUUGUGGGUAGUGUAGCCAAAGCAAGUGGUUGUGAUGGUGGGUGUAACUUUUUAUAUCUGUGCUGUGGUAGUCAUACACUUUUCUUCUUUGGGUUAUAUUUAAUUCCUUUGGUACUGGGACACUUUUUUUAUCAUAAAUUUGGGUACAAUUAGACAUUAUUUACAUUAUGAACUGUCUGUGGAGGUCAAAAGGUUAAUGGCCAGAGUCCUCACUAUUUUAAUCCUCACAUAAGUUUCUGAAGCUGUAUAAAAUCACUGAAUAGUAAGCAAAGUGAAUAUGGAAACGCGUCAUGGUACUGAAGGGGUUAAAUAAAAUCAGAUUACAUUACUUUAGGUAGUAAGGUUUUGCAUCACUUGUGCAGUUCAUUUAAUCCCUCAAUUCAGCAAAGAGUUUUAGUGGUGAUUUGGUUUUCCAAUAUGGCUGUGUGUUGUUUUCCUUAUUUUAUUUAUUGAUUGAUUUUUCUUCUAUUUGUGACAGAGUUGAUGAUGGACAAAACCUAUAUUGUACCAUAUCAUAUCUUCUUCCUCGUGUGAUUUAUUGACUAUUGAAGUGAUGCUGGAUAUAAUGGUGCACAUGUUUUUGUAUUAUGUGUGUUCAUAAUUGUCUUGUGAUUUAACCUUUUUUUGAGUACGUGAUAACUAUAAGGGUGAGCUUUCCGUAAAGAAGGAAUUGAAAAACAUUAAGAUGGUUGUCUGGAGUAAUGACUAAUUUUAUAUGCAUUAUAUGAAUCUGAUAUGGAUUGAAAGAAGUAAAGAAUCUAUUUUUUUAAAGAGAACUGAAAUACUAAAGAUAGGUAGACUAGUAGAACCAACUUGAACUACGGUAAUGAAGGGAGAGGUGGCAAGGAAAGUAAGACGUGCAGAGAGUAAGGUGGACCAUGACACAAAAAUAGUGGUAGAAAAUGGCAAGAUAAGAUAGAGAGAGAUUGUUGAAGAUAGUCAGAGGAGAGAAGCUGAUAAAAUGCUCUUGUUUUUAUCCUAUUCAUCAAAGUAGUAUGAGCAGAACCCCUCUCUACCUAUGUGAAGCACUCUUUACACAGAUGGAUAUGACCCGAGUAUACAGAGUUAGCAAGUGGGAGUGUGAAAAGACUUGAGGGAGACGACUCAGAAUGCCCUGGAUUCAUAUACGUUUUAGCUACAGAUGAGAGGCAAAGUUUUCCAGUUUUGUACAGUUUCUUAGGGUUGUUUUCAUGAUUCUAGUAGCAAAAUUAACAGAUUGAGUGUAGAAGCUAUCAAGGUAUUCUAGGAGUGUUUCUUAAUUGAUUGUGUGGUAUGUGCUAUUGGAAAUUAUUUUUAUUUUUCAGCCUUUCUUUUUCUAUUUAUUUUGGUGAGUUGUUAUUAAGGAUUUAGUAGAAAAAAGUGUCACAAAUAAUCAUCUCUGUGGCCUUUGGGAGUAGUUUUGGUGCGAGAAAAUGUGUGGUAAACUAUCUCAGCUCAAGGGGAUAUGAAUUUUUAUACAAUAGACAGUGUGUUGAAGAGAAGCGUGUUUAGACUUGAGUAAUUACUUAUGAUUGAUUGAUUGACUGACUGACUGACUGAAGGCAUCACAACAAUGGGAUCAUAUCGCGCCCUGUAAUGCUCAAAGGACUUAUUCUCACAAACCUUGAAUAGAAAAAUAGGCAAAAAUGAGAAUAACUUCAAACUCAUGAGAGAAACCAUUUAUUUUUCAUAUUGUACAGUAUCCUCUAUUUACACAGAUGAACACGCUCAAUUAAUGAUACAAUAUAGUACACGUUCUUAGUCAGUACAUUGCCAUAACUCACCAGUCACCAGAUUCAUGACCAUUGCUUUAGUGCUCACCGCGGCCCUGAGUGUCUCCUCUUAUGUCUAGCGAUAAGGAAACACAUCCCCCCGCAUUCGCUCACUCAUAUUGUGUCUCCCAGUAGGUUUGUUAACGACUGGAGUACCAAGCGGUCAGACGGACGAGAAUUCUCAGUAUAAUUAUCAGAAUAACAUGACUUCUACAUUAUUAAGAGGAGAAACAGUCUUGAGGUCUCGGUUAACCAUGUCUUUGGCCUCUGAAAACAGUCGUGGUGAGAGAAAGUGUUUCCGAAUACACGCUUCACACUCAGCCAGUCAGUCAGUCAGCCGAACGGUUAUUUGUUGAAUCAGUCAGUUUAGUUGGGAAGUCAGUCAGUCAGGUGGUGCUUGAGUGAGUGAGUGAGUGAGUCAACCAUAUCAACCAGUCCACCAGAACAAGUCAGUGCUGGACAUGUGAUAAGUUACCAAUGUUCUACAGAUCAUACUAUUUUAUACAGUUCUUUGAAUUAUUAAAAACUAUAAAAAAAUGA